GUCUCGUUUUUGCGGCUUACCUACUUAUUCAUUUUAGAAAACCGAAACUUUCACUCAGCAACCGCCAAUUCCCAUCGAGCACACGCUCGAAACUUCACCAAUUCUCUCAUACAGAGCGUCCCAAAAACCAACUAUGCCCGUCAAAUCGACUCCCGACCGUCACACGAACGUCAACGAUGGGCGAUAAGAAGGUCAUCGACGUCCCCAAGGUGGUUCUCAGAGAAGUCAUCGUGAAAGAAUACGAAGAUAACGCCGAUUCCUCGUUCUCCGGGUCCGACGCCGAUGACAUAGAGCCCUACAAACCCAGAGCGGAGAUCCCUCCGGAGUACUGGCACAUCCAGAAGCUGAUGAAGUUCAUCAAAACCGGCAAUCAAUCGGCCACCGUCGUGUGCUUGUGUUGCUUGAGAGAUUACGAUUUAACCAACGAAAUCAGCGUGUUAGCCAUACAGGAAAUCGGCGGGCUGGAGAUCCUGGUGAACCUGCUCGAAACGAAAGACCUGAAGUGCAAACUGGCCGCCAGCGCCGUCCUCUCGGAGCUGUCGACCAACACCGAUGUGCGGAAGUGCGUCACCGACCUCGGCGGCGUCGAGCUGCUGGUGCGCAACCUGUCGGAGCCGGCCAGGGAGCUGCAGGAGCUCGUCUCGGAGACCGUCUACAACGUGGCGCAGAUCCGGAAGGCGCGCAAGAACCUGCGCAAGUGCGGCGGCAUACCGAAGCUGAUCGAUCUGCUGGACGUGAAGGAGUCGCUGCUGAAGAUGGCCAGCGAGGAUUGGGGCGAGUACGACGUGGAGCAGGUGAACGUGGCGCGGGCGGCCGCCCGCGCGCUGUGGUCGGUGUCGAAGAGCAACAAGAACAUCCACGAGAUGCUCAAGUUCGGCGUCAUCACGUUGCUCGCCAGGUUGAUCAGAUCCGAUCACAUGGACGUGGUGGUACCGGCUGUGGCCACGAUAUCACAAUGCGCGCACAAUCCUCACUACCAACUGGCCAUACAAACCGAAGGAAUGGUGAAAGACAUCGUGAGGCACGUUUUUAGAGAGGAUCAACCGGAAUUGAUCGGUUACUGCGCGACCACCAUCUACAAAUGCGGCGUAAACGCCCUAAUAAGGGACAUGGUGAGGCAAUGCGGUGGUUUGGAUCCUCUGGUGAAGAUACUAAGAGACAUGACCGCCAGGGAAGAUAAAGAACUGAUGACCGCUGUAACGGGAGCCAUUUGGAAAUUGGCCAAAACCGUAGAAAACGUGCAUAGAUUCGAUGUGUUGAAAACCGUCGAUGUGCUGGUGUCGAUGUUGGCGAACGUGGACGAGGACGAGGACGUGCUGAGCAACGUGGUGGGCGCGCUCAGCGAGUUCGUGAAGUUCGAGCACAAUCGCGAGGCGCUUCUGAGGGCCGGCGGGAUACCGCACUUGGUGAAUUUGCUGAACUACACGUACACGCCGAUCUUGGAGAACAUACCGUUGGUGUUGAGGGAGAGCGCCCAGCAUCCGGAGUCGAUGAGGGUGAUCGAGGAAUUGGACGGGGUGAGGUUGAUUUGGUCGUUGCUGCGGAACGAUAGUUUGGAGGUCCAAGCGAACGCGGCUUCGGCCCUGGUACCCUGCGUGCGCUACGCCACCGAUUCGGGCGAGAUGGUGCGCUGCUUCGUCGGCGGCCUGGAGCUCAUCGUCAACCUGCUCGCCUCCACCGACAACCACGUGCUGGCGUGCGUUUGCGCCGCCGUCGCCCAGGUGGCCCAGGACAUCCAGAACUUGGCCAUCAUCACCGAUCACGGCGUCGUGCCGAUGCUGGUCAACCUGGUGCCCACCGAGGACGUGGAGCUGCGCGAGCACCUCUCCUCCGCCAUCGCCUAUUGCUGCGCCUGGGGCUCCAAUUGCAAGAUGUUCGGCAGACUUGGCGCCAUCACGCCUUUAGUGCAAUACAUGGCCGACGACGAUCCGAACGUGCAUCGCACCACCGCCUUGGCGCUCUAUCAUCUGUCGAAGAACGCCUUCAAUUGCAUCACGAUGCACGAGAGCGGCGUGGUGCAGUUCCUCCUGAGGGCCAUUUCAUCCACCGAUCAUCCGCUGCAGGAGGCGGCGGCCGGUUGCUUGGCGAACAUCAGGAGAUUGGCUUUGAAGGCGGAGACGGUGCAUUUGAUUAGGGAUCAGGAUAACGAUGAUGAUGAUUGAUUGUGAUGAUUUGGUAUUUAUUUUGUUUAUUUAUUAACG